AUCAGGUGAUGGACGUGAUAAAUCACUGAGUGCUAGGUGACAUCGUAAACCUUCCUUGAGCUUCACAUCUGUCUACCAGAAGCCUCUCCAGAUCUCUGUCAUCCGAGUGGCUCCAUCUUUGCCACCUGCGAUCCUCCGUGGGAUUCCCCCUCCCUCCUGCCAGACUUUUCAACUUCACCUCAUCCUCACCUCCCCGGGAGGGAGAGAGCAGCAGCCACCAUGGUGCUGUCACAGAGACAAAGAGAUGAACUAAACCGAGCUAUAGCUGACUAUCUUCGUUCCAAUGGAUACGAGGAGGCCUAUUCUACCUUCAAGAAGGAAGCAGAAUUAGAUAUUAAUGAAGAGGUAGAUAAGAAGUAUGCGGGGCUUUUGGAAAAGAAAUGGACCUCUGUUAUUAGAUUACAAAAGAAGGUGAUGGAGUUGGAGUCGAAGCUGAACGAGGUGAAGGAGGACAUGACGUAUGGAGGACCUGUCGGUCAGAAGAGAGAUCCAAAGGAGUGGAUCCCUCGCCCCCCAGAGAGAUACGCUCUGAGUGGGCACCGUGCUCCGGUCACCAGGGUCAUAUUUCACCCGGUGUUUUCCGUCAUGGUGACGGCCUCUGAAGAUGCUACCAUCAAGGUGUGUCUGGCAUUUGAUUAGCUGCUCUGAAAUAAA